UCCACACCCUCCUUCUCCCUCCUUCUUAAACCCCCUUUCACUCCCUAGAUUCUAACGUCAAUUCCAUAACCUAUCAAUUUCUUCUGCAAACAUUAACCUACUAACUAUCAAUUUCUCCUUAAUUUCAGAUUCCCCGCCGACGAGAAAUGGCUACGGCUCAGGUUGAGGUUGAGAGGAGUGACGUGCAGCUGAAGCGUCUCGGAUUCGUUAGGUAUCUCGCGAUCAACGCCGCUGUUGUGGUGACGAAUCUCUACGGAUACGCCAAGGAGAACUCCGGUCCCCUCAAAUCCACCCUCGGGAAGGUCGAGACCACCGUCACCGCCGUCGUUGGACCCGUUUGCGACAGAUUCAAAGGCGUUCCUGCUCAUAUCCUCGUUUUUCUCGACAAUAAGGUUGAUGAAGCAAGCUUGAAAUUUGGAGAAUGUGCUCCGGCUGCAGCUAAGGCAGCGGCCAUAAAGGCUCAGUCGAUAGCGAAGGAAGCAUCUCGGAUUGUGCACGAGCUCGUUGAGGAAGCUAAAGUAGAGGGUCCAGUUGCAGCCAUUUCCCAUGCUGGCAAGAUCUCAAAGGAUGUUGCAGUGAGCGGAUUGGCCGUGGCGUGGUACAAGGCCAACCAGUUCCCGGCCCUGCACGGAGUCUUGGAGAUAGCUGUCCCGACAGCCGCACAUUGGUCGGAGAAGUACAACAGCGUUGUCAAAGACUUGGCCUCCAAAGGGUACACUGUUUUCAGCUACGUCCCGCUGGUCCCCGUCGAGGAAAUGGAGAAGGCGUAUAAGCAGGUUGAGGCGGCGGCCAAUAAGAAGACGGAUUCUGGCAGCAGCUCGAGUGACUCGGACAAGGAGGAGUAGAUGUAGGGUUGUUCAAGUGUGUGAUGAGUAGGUUUUCGGACUUUGUUUGCCUCUGUAAAUAACUCCUGGACCAACUUGUUAGCUUGAUUAUCAUCCUUCUCUAUCUUGUACAUUUGGCUGAUGCUAAUGCUGUACUAGAAUCCCUCUAUUUGAAGAUGAUGUUGUUGGUUAA